GCAAAACGUAUUUGCAUUCGCUCUAGGAAGUAUGUGCCCAAACAUUUUCCGUAGUUUCAGAAAACAUGGCAUCCCAAGAUAGUGAUAGUGAUGAAGACUUUGUUAUUUAUGGUACUCCUUCGGAGCCUUUGGAAGAAGAUGAACGACCUAAGAAACCAGUACCCAUUCAGGAUCAGACUGUUAAAGAUGAAAAGGGGCGAUACAAACGUUUUCAUGGUGCCUUUACUGGCGGGUUUUCUGCUGGAUAUUUUAAUACUGUUGGAACCAAGGAAGGAUGGGCUCCCUCAGCCUUUGUGUCAUCUCGACAGAGCAAAGCAGAGAGAAUGGCGUUUAAUCCAGAAGACUUUAUGGAUGAAGAGGAUCUCGGUGAACAUGGGAUUGCUCCCAGAGACAUUAUGACCACAGAUGAUUUUGCUUCUAAAACCAAAGAUAAGAUAAAGGAGAAAGCCAGGGUACUUGCUGCAGUUGCUGCCCCCAUUCCUGGAGCUACCAUACUGGAGGACUUGAUAGCCCCUGCCAAAAUAUCUAUUGGAAUUAAGCUACUUCGGAAAAUGGGUUGGAAAGAAGGACAGGGUAUUGGACCUCGAGUGAAGAGAAGGUCUCGCAAGCAAGAACCUGAUCCUGGAGUUAAAAUAUAUGGGUGUGCAUUACCAGAUGAAGGUUCAUUUGGAUCUGAGGAUGAAGAUGACUACCAACCUGAGAGUGUGUCAUUUGCUCCAAAGGACAUUAUGCCCAUAGAUUUGACAGCUAAGGACAAUACCCAUGGUCUGGGUUAUCGAGGUAUUGAUCCCCGGCAUGCAUUAUUUGGGAAUUCAGGAGGGUGCAUCAACAUUUUUAGUGCUGAUUCUGAAAGGUCUAAGAAUCUACUCGGUGAUAUUGUGCCUAGUAAAGGAAGAAAGCUGGGAAUCUCCGGACAGGCUUUUGGAGUGGGUGCUUUGGAAGAGGAUGAUGAUGAUAUUUAUGCUAGAGAUUCUCUGCAUCAGUAUGACACAGUCAUUCAAGAUGAAGAACCUGGAGAUGGCCUCUAUGGGUGGACAGCACCAAAACAAUACAAAAGUCUGAAGAAAGGAAUGAAGCAAGAGUUAAGAUACAUUGGUAAAAUUUUGGAUGGGUUUUGUUUAGCUGCCAAACCAGCUUCACCAAAAAAAAUUUUUCCACCACCUACACUGCCAGUGGAUUAUAGACCAGUCCAUUACUUCAGACCUGUGUUACAGCCUGGAACAUCAAGUACCAAAGUAGUUGAGGCACUUCUCUCAUCUAGUGGACAGCAUAUCACUGACUUGGCACAAAAAGGCAGACAUCAGCUGGAUGCCUCUAAAAGGAAGGAGAUUCUAGGAGAAACAACAUUUCAAGGUGUUCCAGGGUCUGUCUUUGACCUUCUAUCUGACAAAGACAAAGAAAGGAUAACCGAGGUGAAAAAGGUGGCUCUACAGAAAACAGCUGAAGUUAAGGGGCUGGUACAGCAAAGCUCUGGUAGUCAAUUCUGUUCUGUAGAUUCUGCUGAAGCAUGUGAUUUGUGGACAUCUGCUCAGAGAGGAGAAGCAAGCUCAUCUUCCAGUGACUUUAAACCAUUUGCCAAAAAUCCAGAGAAGCAGAAACGAUACGAUGAAUAUAUGGAAAAUUUAAAACAAGGGCAGAAAGACUCCCUGAAGAAUUGCCUGGAUCCCAGUAUGACUGAAUGGGAACGAGGGCGUGAGCUGGAGGAAUUUAGCCGAGCAGCACUUUUGUACAAGUCCACCAGCUCAGUUUUAUCAUCUAGAUUUACACAUGCCAAGUAUGAAGAUGAGACUGAUAAAGUAACUAUGCCUAGAGACCAAGAGGGUGACAUCACUGACAAAGAAAGUGCAGUCAAAAUGAAAAUGUUCGGCAAAUUGACAAGAGAAACUUUUGAGUGGCAUCCCGACAAAUUGCUGUGCAAAAGAUUUAACAUUCCGGAUCCUUAUCCUGGGUCAAGUGCUGUUGGCUUGCCAACAGUGAAGCGAGAUAAAUACUCUGUGUUCAAUUUCUUAACUCUUCCAGAGAAGACCCUUUCUAAAGUAGCUGAAGAACAUACCAUGAAACAGGCUAUUUCUGCAUCUAACUGUUCAACAAAGUCUUCUGUGUCUGAAAGAAAGUCAAGAUGGGAUAUUUCUGCUGAGCAGAAACAACACAGUGACGUUUCAAGUGCAGCAACACCACAUCGUUCUUUGUUUAUACCACAGGUACCAAAAGAAUCAGAAACUAAAAAGACAGAUCUUCCCCCUCAGGAAACUCCUAAAAGUGAAAGCCAAAGUAUAAGAGAAGAUGAAGGUGAAACAGAAAGCAGACCGUCAAUGGAUUUAUUUAAGGCUAUCUUCGCAAGUUCAUCAGAUGAGGACUCUUCAACUUCAGAUGAAAACAGUGAUGAGGAGGGACAAGCUGCAGUAGCUGAAAAGAAGUCUGAGCAACCAGAUUUCACUCCUGUUAUAACUCAAGAACAUCCAAAACAUCAGGUGACUCUGGAAAAAACAGUCUUUCCUGUUCAAGCAUCUGAGAGACGUUUGAAAGAGCCUGUUAAGGAAGUCAUGAAGGAAGUGGACACUGACGAACAGUUUGGACCGAAGCUACCACCAAGCUUUAUUUCUGGUAUUUCUCCACAAACAAGUGACACUUUGCCACUGCCAGAUUCAGUGUCAUUGCGUCAGAAGGAGAAACAUAAGAAGAAACGCAAAGAAAAGCACAAGAACAAAAAAGAACACAAACACAAGAAAGAAAAAAAGGUAGCAUUUUAUUCUUAG